ACCAGCUCUGAAUAAAUUUGUUGAGCUGUCAGCAGAGUGAUGGAGUUCUGAGUUUUAAUGGGCAGUCGGUUUUUGGACAGAAGAAGUAAACGGAAGGGACUGUGACUUGUCUGUGAUAUAGACGGCAACGCUACCGAACUGCAAUUAGAGAGCAAUAAUUGAAGGGAGAGAGGAUGACGAUGAUGUCAAGAGAGGACGAAGAGUUUAGAGAACAAAGGAAGCUGAUCAGGGAACUGAGCGAAGGGCACCGGUAUGCACGACAGUUGCUGAGUUUGAUGGCAGCACCGUCGGACGACGACGGCCGGCACGAGAUGCAGAGGGUCCUCAUCGAGGCCGUCGUCCACUCUUUCGAGUCGGCCAUCGGCAUCCUGAAGCCCGACGAGGGCGGCCGGAGGACGGCGGGAGAGCCGGUUCUUGCUGUCCAGCUCUCGGAGAGCCCUGCGAGGGAGAAUGCAGAGGCUCAAGUGCGGGGAAGCUGUAAAAAGAGGAAACCGUCACAAAUUCCAGCAACUACGACAACGAUCUCCGCAGUCCAUGAGGAGGAUGGAUAUGCGUGGCGAAAGUACGGACAAAAGGAUAUUCUGGGGUCUAAAUUUCCAAGGAGCUACUUCCGUUGCACCCACAAGUUCGACCAAGGCUGCCCAGCAAUCAAGCAGGUGCAAAGGCUAGACCACAACCCUUCGCUCCUGCAGAUCACCUACAUGAGCAGCCACACUUGCAAGCCCACGCGCUGCAGUCCGGACCUUGCAGCAGCAGCAGCAGCAGCAGACCCAGCCGAUAGGCAAGAAUUUUUUCUAAACUUUGAAACCAACUCCAUGCCCUCCUCCUGCUUCCCUCCCCACUCCUCCUUUCCCAUCUUCAAGCAAGAAGACAAUGAAGACCUGCCGAACGAGCCUGCACACGGCCACCGGCCGGCCGCUCACUACUCUUCGCUGCAUCUCGGUGCCGACGGGCCCUUUGAUCUCUUGAAACAGCUGAGACUGGGCUCCUACGGUGGUGAAGUAGGUGCGGGGGACUUCAGUUUCCCGGGGUUUGACAUGGGCUUGGCGAGGCUUGUGGAAUUUGAUGAUAUCGAUUAAGUGAGAUCAUGGCCCUGUUCAGUACUAUGCAGCAAGAUAUGUAUUAAUCUCAUCCAACACAAUCUGAGAGUUUCCUGGAGUUACUGAACUGCUCUGCUAGCAGUGGAAAUGAUGAGCAAAUUCUUGGUUUUGAGUGGAACCCAAUUACCAUAAGUGCUUUUGGGGGCACCCCAGAAACUGCUUGUGAAGAGAAUCUGUGUGUACCAUUAGCAGCAAUUAAAGCCUGUUCUUUUCAACUUUAAGUUUUAGUUCUCCUGCUAAAUGAUAAGUUUGUGAGGAAUAAGGCGUUUACUUCGUUCACUGUACCGGAGUUAUUUCUACAAAGCCUUGUUCUGGUUAGUCUUUAGUAAGGGUGCUCCUCUCUCUUGCAGAAGAAGCUUGACGCGAUGCAAA